CCAACCGCUAAAUUCUGACUUUACAAUCGUUUUCAGCAUGCUUAAAGUAAAUAUUAUGUUAAAACAAAAAAAAAAUUGAAAAAAAUGGGUGUCUGGUAAAACAGAAAAGUUCCUUUUUUAUUUUAGGUAUCAUUAAGUUUUGUAUCAAAUUCUAGAUAACGUUUAAAGUUAAUGUAACUCGUGCUUAAUAAAAACAAUAAAAUAUUAAAUAAAUACAUUUUGUAAAUAAUACUAUGUAUUUAUGUAUAAUCAGGCACUUAAAGAAAAAAAAUGUGUGGAGGGUUCAUAGUAGUUUUCAGGGGGUAGGUUGAACCAUCAAAAACCCCCCUCCCCUGUGUACGUGCCUGGAUAAUAUUCAUAUUAUAAAUGUUUUACUCUUAGAACAUAAUAUUGUAUUUGAUAUAACUAAUUAGGGAAAUAAAAUAAUACUUGAAUAAGAUAUAUUCUUAAUUGUUUAUGGUCAUAAAACUGAUCUUCAGAUAAUUGUCACAUUUGGGUUCCCAAUUCUAUUUGCUAACCUAUAAUUCUUUAAAUUGGUUGCAUCCUGUUUAUAGUAUGAAAACAAUUUUUUACUUAUAGUUUACAGCUUAAUUCAAGUGAACAAUCACUACAUUUAUAUAAUUUAUCUGAAGACUUAACAAAUACAAAUAUCAGAAUUCUAAUACAUCUGAUUUGAGGAAGUAGCGGUAUAUCAAACAUUUUUAAAGGAAUUUGUUUCAUUAUACAAUUUUGGACUUUUUAUAAAACAAUCCAUAUUUAUUUUAAAUUGGAGCUGUAAUAUUUUUGUGAAGUAUCAAGCAACUACAGGGUGGGGCAGUAAAAUGGUUAAUGUUAACUUGUUGGGAUUAUCUACCAAUUUGGUGUGGAAGCAUUUGUAAUAGAGAGCAGCAGUUUUGUUGAUUGAGAUUAAUUUAAGGAGUCAUUUGAAACAAACCAGGGUCCCCCAUUGAUUUAGUGCAGACAAAUGUUCUGAAAAGAUUGUAUAGUUAUUUUAUUUAAAGUAUUAGCAGAGCUCCAGAUUACAAUUCCAUACUCCAUAUAAAUACGACUAGUGGUUGAAGAGUUUUAUAAUGAAUGAUUUUUAUUGGUGGUUAGUUUAGAGUGAAGGAGUGACCUUAGCAAAUAAAGUCUGGAACUCAGUUACUUUGUUUGUCUUUGAGAUGAAGAGACCAGGUUAAGUGCCUUUCAAGUUAGUUUUAAAACUUAUAAGUUAUAAUUGCAGGGGUGCCUCCGCUAAUGGGUGUCUUUACCUCCUAUCCUAUUUAUUUUUGUUUUCAUUUUAUCUAAUUUGCUUAUUGUAUUACUAUAAAUACAAAUUGUAAAUUAACCUUUUUUUUUGUAAUAAUUUAAUAUUGAUAGCUAAUUUAUUUAUGGUAAAACAAUUUACAAAAAUACUCAGCUUUUAUCCAAAAAUCAUUUUGUUAUCACAAAUGUUGUAAAAAAAAGAUAAUUUCAAAACAUUAGUACUUUUUGAGUAUCGAGUUAUGUCUGCUUUCUCUUGUGUCUUGUAUUUUCAAUAAAUAGUAAUCACUAUAUACUAUGUAUAAAUCUUUGGAUAUGUAAAUAUAUUCAAUUUUUUUAAUUUUUGUAACUUCUGAAUUCUGAUUAGCCCGUCAUUCGUUAAAUUUAUUUAUAUUAAGAUAAUUAGAUAUCUAAUUAUAUCUUAAUUCGUGAUGUAAAUACAUAAAUUAUAUAAUUUUGUUUAUAAUAUCAUAUUCUGUAAAUAUACAGUGUAAUAUUAUAUACUAUAUUGCCAUAUUGGGCAUCCAUGAUUACCAUGAAAAUAAAUUCGAUAUUUUGAUAUUCGAAUUAUUAUCAUUUAUCAGCGGAAUACCGGAUUAGUGGUAACCAUGGAUAUCUUAGUUCAUGGUUUACACCGACGUGGUAUAAUAUUAUGUCAGAAUUAACUACCAUGGUUCUGGUUUUACUCCGCUUGUUAAUAUAUUCCUAAGAUAUUGUAACUUUUAUCAUUUUUUUUAUAGAGCCUUGGCACUUUUAGUUAUUACUUAAUACUUAUUGUUAUUACUCUAGUUUCUAAUUGGCUGCGGUAGUAAGUUGUUCGGCAACAGAUAAAGCAUCGGCAUUUAGAUAAUUUUAUUAAAAUAACAAUCAUCAUUUCUCGUGAAAGCAGGUGUCUCAUUUUGAUUUAUGAGUUUAUAUUGUGAUACAAUGAUUUACAAAAACCUAAUACCUAUAUACUUGAAAAAAGUACUUGAUGAAAAACUUAUCUUAAUGAUUGCUGUAUUAUUUCGUUGGUUUGUCAGCUUGCAUGAUUAUUCUGGAAAAUCAAAAACUCCGAUGUAUGGUGAUUAUGAAGCCCAACGGCAUUGGAUGGAAGUUACAGUUUCUAUACCAACCACUCAAUGGUAUUUUAAUUCAUCCGACAAUGAUUUAUUAUAUUGGGGUCUCGACUAUCCACCAUUGACAGCCUACCAUAGUUAUUUAAAUGGUUUAGUGCUUAAAAGAAUCCUUCCAGAGUCCAUCCAGCUCAAUACAUCUAGAGGUUUUGAGUCAAAGUUUCAUAAACUACUCAUGAGGUAUUCUGUGCUUAUAGUUGACUUAUUGAUAUUCAUACCAGCCGUUUGUUGGUUUUUCAGACAGUUUUUCAAAAUUAAAAAUAAUAACCAAAUUAGUCAAACAAUGGCCAUUGCAAUGACAUUGUUGUACCCUGGAUUAAUAUUAAUAGAUCAUGGACAUUUCCAGUAUAACUGUGUGUCUCUUGGUUUAUUUGUGGCAAGUGUUGCUAGUAUGUUUACCAAUAAAACUAUCUUCACUUGCGCUUUGUUCUGUAUGGCCUUAAACUACAAGCAAAUGGAGUUAUACCACGCUUUGCCAUUUUUCUUUUAUUAUAUUGGAUUUAUUUAUGAAACUUAUAAAAAAUAUUCAUUCAUUACAGCUCUAAAGACAUUGUCUAUUCUUGUAUUGAGUGUGAUGAUAACAUUUCUAUUAUUAUGGGUUCCUUUUAUUAGUGAUCCUAAACAAAUGUUUCAAGUCAUACACAGAAUUUUCCCGUUAGAACGAGGUGUUUUUGAAGACAAAGUUUCCAAUUUAUGGUGUCUUAUUAAUGUUCUUUAUAAGUUGAGGAAUAUGAAUAAUCAUACCAUGGCUACUAUAUGCCUAAUGACGACAUUCAUCUCAGUGAUGCCCACGUGCCUGGAUCUUUUAAAAAAUCCUUCUAAAAUAAAAUUUUUACUUUCAUUGAUUAAUUGUUCAUUGUCAUUUUUCCUAUUUUCAUUUCAAGUUCACGAAAAAAGCGUACUUUUGGUUGCCAUACCAGUUUUGAUGUACUCUCCUCAAAAUGUAUUUAUGUGUACUUGGUUUGUUACCCUGACAACAUUUAGCAUGCUUCCACUAUUGAUUAGAGAUAAUUUGUUGGUCCCUUUUAUUUCUUUAUCGUUAAUUUAUUUUAUUGUGCACUUUAAUAUUGAAAAACUAAUUUCACAACAAAAAAAAACAUCAAAAUUACAUUUAUUACGUAAUUUAUCAUUACUUGGAUGUGUUAUAUUAACUUUCUGUGCCAUAGCAUUAAAACCGCCCCCAAAAUAUCCAGAUUUAUGGCCUUUGGUUAUAUCUGUUUAUAGUUGUAUGCAUUUUGUUUUGUUUUUGAUCUAUUUUAAUUUUAGUCAAUUAAUGUUGCAAAUCCCCAAAAAAAAAUUGUAUUAAGUUAUUUAAAAUAAAUUGGUCCUGUUAUUGGGAUUUAUUAAUUUAAUUUUCAUGAAAUUAAAAUUGAUAAGUAUGAUUUUAUAUGUUUUUAAAGUGAAUAUCAUAAUAAUUUAUUAUAAAAGCUUAAACUUAAUUGUUUAUUUAAAAUUUAAAAUGUUAAAAAUGUAUACUACAUGUACUUGUAAAUAAAUUUACAAAUAAUGUUGUCUUUAAUUUAAAAAUACAAAUUUUGUGUCAACUGCCCAUAGUUUAAUUUGUUUUGUACACAGAUAAUACAUUUAUAAUUUUUAUUUUCAAGUAGUUUUUAAGUAAACCAUGCCAUAAUUUGGAAUAAAACCUAGAAAUAUGACAUUAUUAUUUAUAUUUAAGUGAUUAUAUUAUUAGUUAUUGUACAAUUAUUAAAUAUAAAGUAAUGAUAAUUAUAUCAAUGUGAAAAUUUUAGUUUUAUUCUUUUCAUUUUACACCUCUGGCCUGUAUACGUUAUCGAAAUUAAUAUAUUCAACGCAAGGAUAAUGACUACUUGCAAAUGCUUAAUUAGUCAGAAUGACACUGUUGAUAUUACACAUUUGCACUUAAGAAACUGCUACAACUAAGGAUACACAUGUGACACUUGUAGCGUCGGCUUGCCAGUUUGACAACUCUCGCAUUACUAAGUACUAACUACUUGUCAGUCUGAGUACAGUGGAGGGGGAAUGUAUUGAUAACCCUUGUGGUUCACAAUAUAAUACAUAAAUGACAUAAUAUAUUAGAACAAAACUACAAAAUAUUUAGAACUGUUAUUGUCUGAUAUCUAUUCAGUAUGAUAAUAUAUAACAAAAUAAAAGAAAAAAUAACAUUUUGUCAAUGGUUAUAACUAAGGCACCAUAGGCGCAACUAGUGUUAAAAUUCUUGGGGGCUAUUUAUUUAAAAUAACCCAUAGGGGGCUUAUAUCUAAAUCAAUUAAGGGUAUUUUUGGGAGGGGCUAAAUCUUAGUCAGUGGUGGGGUUUUUUUUUCAAGUCAAAUUUUGGGCUUUUAUUUUAUAAAUGUUUAAUAAGUUAUUUAAAAUGAUUGUACAUUUUAAAUUAGGUAGGUGAAUAUAAUAAAACAUUCCAUUAAAAAAAUAAUUUUAUACGUCAAUUUUUAAGGGCAUUAUUGCGAUAAACUAAAUGUUUUAUGAACAUUUUUAGUCAUUUUUCAAGUUAACAUUUAUAUAAUAUUAUAUUAUAGAUUAUAAAUACAGAAUUUUCUUAUAAACCCAAUUUGAAUUCCUAAUUCAAUAUUCUCAGAAUUCUAUUGCAUUAAGAUAAUUUUUUCUGUGCAGGUAAAUACAGAAUGACCUACUAAUUACUUCACUUUAUUUUGUUCCCAUAAAUUUAAAAUAGAAAAACGGGAAAACAAUAAUUUAGUACUUUAGUGCAUAGAUUAUUGUCAAUGUCAUGUUAUACGCUUGAACUUUUAAUAUUUAUUAUAUAAAUACUAAGUAUUAUACUUAAAAUAUUAUUACCCUAACAGUCAGUAUAGUAAGUUGAUUAAAAAAUAGUUUAACAAAUGUCAUGAAAAAUAAAAUUGUAAUAAUUAAUAAUUUAUAAAAUUUACUAUAUUAUCUACUUAUCAAUAUCCAUUAUAUAUUUAUCAAUUUUUAUUAAAACAAAACAACAUAAAUUAUUCCUAUUUUAUCAGGUUUUUAUGUAAUUAUUAUGACUCAAUGUUUAUAAAAUAAACUUACUAACAAUUUUUCAAUGGUAUAUAAAUAUUAAUUUAUUUUAUACAUU